AUGUCAUCAGCUGUACGCGAUGAGCGAGAAUCACUCGCUGGUAGCGAUGUGAGCUUUAGAGAUGCCCUGGGUCAAGAAGAACUUUUCAAAGGAAGUCGGCCUGAUCUGGAAUUAAGACAUACUACCACCUUUGAUGCGCAAACAAUCGAGCAAAUUCACACCUUGGCUCGUACUCUGUCAAAAAGGACCAACAAGAGUAGUGGUGAUGAUGAUGAUAAUGAUGACGAGGGUGGAUUCGCAAGAGCUUCUGAGCUUCAUGGGUUUGAUGCUCAGAAGAUCCUGGCGGGUAUGGUUUCAGAGGCCAAUGAUCAGGGAAUCCAUUCGAGAGAGACUGGUGUGAUUAUGGAAGAAGUUGGAGCCGAAGGUGUGGAUGAGAGUGCGUUGGAAGGUGCAACUUUUGGUAAUAUCCUAUGUUUACCAGUUACUAUCUAUAAAGGGAUCAAGGCCAAGAAGAAUAGUAAGAUGCGUAAGAUUUUGAGAGGUGUGAACUUGUUAGCCAGACCGGGUGAAAUGGUUCUUGUGCUUGGUAGGCCAGGUGCAGGUUGUUCUUCGAUGUUGAAAACUGCGGCAGGUGUCACUGAUCAGUUUGCUGGAGGUGUAAGUGGUGAUAUUUCUUAUAACGGUAUUUCUCAGGAUGAGAUAAUGAAAGAUUUCAGGUCAGAUGUUAUCUACAACGGUGAACUAGAUGUUCAUUUCCCUUAUUUGACAGUCAAGCAGACUUUGGAUUUCGCCAUUGCUUGUAAAACACCUGCUAAGAGGGUCAACAAUAUGUCUGAGCAGGAAUAUAUCGAUUUUACCAGAGACUUUUAUGCUACGAUCUUUGGUUUGACUCAUACUUAUGAUACCAAGGUCGGUAAUGAUUUUGUUAGAGGUGUCUCCGGUGGUGAAAGAAAGCGUGUUUCUAUCGCCGAGGCUGUCGUUGCCAGAGGUUCAGUUUACUGUUGGGAUAAUGCUACAAGAGGGCUGGAUGCUUCGACAGCCUUAGAAUAUGCAAAGGCUAUUCGUAUCAUGACCAAUUUGAUGCACUCUACUGCUUUAGUGACUAUUUACCAAGCGAGUGAAAACAUUUACGAAACAUUUGAUAAGGUUACAGUCCUCUAUUCUGGUAGACAAAUUUACUAUGGCCACACUAGUAAGGCGAAGAACUUCUUUUGGAAAAUGGGUUACUCUUGUCCACCAAGACAGGCGACAGCUGAAUUUUUGACGGCUUUGACAGACCCCAACGGUUUUCACGAGAUCAGAGAAGGAUUUGAACAUAAAGUGCCGAGGACAGCUGAGGAGUUUGAGAAUUACUGGAGAAAUUCGCCUGAAUAUAGUGAUCUACUCACCGAUAUCGAGAAAUAUAAGAAGGAAAUGGAUACUGAAGGAACAAGAGAGAGUUAUCGUAACUCUAUGAUCCAGGAGAAAUCAAAGCAUGCAAGAAAAUCGUCUUACUACACAGUUUCUUAUUGGAGACAACUUCGGUUAUGUUCUCAGAGAGGAUUCCAGAGAAUUUACGGUAACAAAUCCUAUACUAUCAUCAACGUUAUCGCUGCCAUCGUUCAGUCUUUCAUCGUUGGUUCUUUAUGUUACAAUGCCCCAUCUUCUACGUCCGGUGCUUUCACGAGAGGUGGUGUUCUGUAUUUUGCUCUGUUGUACUACUCGUUGAUGGGGUUGGCAAACAUUUCGUUUGAACACAGACCCAUUUUACAAAAGCACAAAUACUAUUCGUUAUACCAUCCUUCGGCAGAAGCCCUAGGUUCCACAAUAUCUGGAUUCCCUUUCAGAAUGAUUGGUUUAACUUGUUUCAUCAUCAUUUUAUUUUUCCUAUCAGGUUUGCAUAGAACCGCUAGCACCUUCUUCAUCGUUUACCUUUUCCUGUCAAUGUGUUCCGAAGCUAUUAACGGCCUGUUUGAAAUGGUCGCUGCCGCAACUGAUACCCUAGCCCAGGCAAACGCCAUUGCAGGUGUCUUGAUGAUGUCUAUUUCGAUGUACUCCACUUAUAUGAUUCAGCUACCUUCGAUUCAUCCUUGGUUUAUUUGGGUUGCUUACAUCUUACCUAUCAGGUACUCUUUUGAAUCUAUGCUUAACGCCGAGUUUCACGGUAGAAGAAUGGACUGUGGUUCAGGUCUUGUCCCAUCAGGUCCUGGCUACGAGAAUGUCGCUUCCAGUGAACAGGUUUGCGCUUUCACUGGUUCAAAACCAGGUCAAUCGUGGGUCCUUGGUGAUGAUUAUUUGAAAGUCCAAUUCCAGUAUGAAUACAAACAUACUUGGAGAAAUUUUGGUAUUAUGUGGUGUUUCUUAAUAGGUUAUAUUGUAUUGAAAUCACUCAUUACCGAAUUCAAACGUCCCAUUAAAGGUGGUGGCGAUGCUCUUAUCUUUAAGAAAGGUGCAAAGAGUGCUAUUAAGCGUGUCAAGGCAGAUGACGAGGAGACUGCUGAUAAUAUGAACCUUGCUGACGUGAAAGAGAAACUUUCAAGUGGCGAAAGCAGUAAUUCUAACUUUCCAGAGGGAGAUGAUUUCGAGGAUCUAAAAAGUAGAGGUGUCUUCAUGUGGCAAAAGGUUUGCUACACGAUUCCUUACAAGGGUGGACCUAGAAGGUUAUUGGAUAACGUUUCUGGGUACUGUGUUCCAGGUACAAUGACCGCAUUAAUGGGUGAAUCUGGUGCAGGUAAGACUACUCUAUUAAAUACUUUGGCGCAAAGAAACGUUGGUGUUAUCACUGGUGAUAUGCUUGUCAAUGGACGCCCAAUCGAUGCAAGUUUUGAAAGAAGAACCGGUUAUGUUCAACAACAAGAUUUACAUAUUGCGGAGAUGACAGUUAGAGAAUCAUUGAUUUUCUCAGCUCGUAUGCGUCGUAAACAAUCAGUUCCAGACGCAGAGAAGAUCGAAUUUGCAGAGAAAAUUAUUGAUAUCCUUGAUAUGGGCGAGUACGCUGAAGCCCUUGUUGGUGAACCUGGUGCUGGGUUGAGUGUCGAGCAACGUAAGAAAUUGUCUAUUGGUGUUGAGCUUGUGGCUAAACCUGAUCUACUGCUGUUCUUAGAUGAGCCAACUUCCGGUUUAGACUCUCAAUCUGCUUGGGCCAUUGUCCAGCUAUUAAGAAAGCUGGCGAAGGCUGGUCAAUCUAUCCUGUGUACCAUUCAUCAGCCUUCAGCUACUUUGUUCGAGCAAUUCGACAGAUUGCUCCUUUUGAAAAAAGGUGGUCAAACGGUGUACUUUGGUGAUGUUGGUAAAAACUCUUCUAUUCUAUUGGAAUAUUUCGAAAGAAAUGGCGCUAGAAAAUGUGAGAAAAGUGAGAACCCUGCUGAAUAUAUUUUAGAAGCAAUUGGUGCUGGUGCUACUGCCAGUGUUGAAGAAGACUGGCAUCAAAUUUGGACGAAAUCUCCCGAACAUAAGACUAACGAAGAAAAGAUUCAGAAAAUGAUAAGCGAUCUAUCAUCGAAACCAGAUGAUGUUUCAGAAGGUAAAUCAGCCACAAAGUAUGCUACAAGCUACUUCUAUCAAUUCAAAUAUGUCUACCUGAGGACCUUCACUACUUUUUGGAGAGAUGUGAACUACUUGAUGUCGAAACUGAUGCUAAUGGUCGUUGGUGGUUUAUACGUUGGUUUCACAUUUUACGACGUGGGGGAAAGUUAUACAGGUUUACAGAACGCUCUAUUUGCUGCUUUCAUCUCCAUUGUGCUGUCUGCUCCUGCAAUGAACCAAAUUCAAGCGCGUGCCCUAGCUUCAAGAGAGCUUUUCGAAGUCAGAGAAUCCAAGUCAAACAUGUUCCACUGGUCUCUCUUAUUAAUAACGCAAUACUUGUGUGAGAUUCCUUACCACUUUGUCUUCUCGACCCUAUACUUCGUCUCCUUCUACUUCCCAUUGAGAAUCUUUUUCCAAGCUUCAAGAUCUGCUGUAUUCUUCCUAAACUACUGUAUCAUGUUCCAACUGUACUACGUCGCACUUGGUUUAUCGGUUCUAUACAUGUCGCCCAAUUUACCUUCGGCCUCCGUUCUCAUGGGUUUGAUCCUUGCAUUUUUACUAUCGUUCUGUGGCGUUGUUCAGCCACCUUCGCUGAUGCCCGGUUUCUGGACAUUUAUGUGGAAGGCAUCGCCGUAUACCUAUUUCGUGCAAAACUUACUCGGAAUUGUGUUACAUGAAAAGCCAGUUGUCUGUAAGAAGAAGGAACUAGCAUUUUUCGACCCACCAAGUGGUCAAACAUGUGGUGAUUACAUGGAAGAGUUCCUCUCCAAAGCACAAGGUUACAUCCAAAACCCAGAAGCUACAGAAAACUGCGCUUAUUGUCUCUCAUCAGUUGGUGAUGAGUACUUGCGCCGAAUCGGUGCCAGUUACUCCUACCUAUGGAGAAAUUUCGGUAUUUACUGGAUUUUCAUUGUGUUCAAUUUCUUCGCCAUGGUGGCCGUUUACUAUAUUUUCCACGUCAGAAAAGUCAGCCUGAUCAACGUACAAGCUAUCACGAACUUUACACAGAUCCUCAAAGGCAAAAUGCCCUUCGGCAAGAAGAAAGCUUCCUCUGUUUAA